UGGUCCUCUACCCCAUGUCCCUUCACAUCCACAGGAAAGUUUUUCUUCCCAAUCCAUUUUCCACCCAACGCUGUGCCCUACCCAGAACUCCUUUCGGCAGGUGCCUUUCCCCUCGUCCAGUCCAGGAUCCUUGGAGGCUGGGAGUGUGAGAGACAUCCCCAACACUGGCAGGUAGCUGUGUAUCACUAUGACAAGUCUGUUGGGGAUGGUGAGGAGCAUCCUAGUCCAACCCCAGUGGGAACUCACAGCUGCCCAGUGCAUCCCAGGUACCUCUUUGACCAUCUGUCACUAUGGCCUCUCACACCCUGGUGUCCCUGCUUUUCCCAUUCUGUGUCUCCGUCUCCCUCCCUCUCCUGCCAGUACUUUCCUGCUCUCUCUGCUGUCCAUUCUCUCUUUCCCCAUCCAUUUCUCCUCUCAUUCUCCCUUUUGUCCAGAUUCCCUGCAUGCUCCUCCCCCUCAUCACUGCUUCGUCCCUCACAUAACAAGGUGAGGCUGGGUCAGCACAGCCUGGACACUGAUGGAGACACUGGCCAGGAUGUCCCUGUCCGACAUUCCAUCCCACACCCACUCUGUAACAGGAGCCUCCGAAUACCCACGUUUCUCAGCCCGGAUGCUGACAACAGCCAGGACCUAAUGCUGCUUCAGCUGAGGGAACCAGCCAACACCACAGAGGCUGUGUGUGACAAGCCAGCCCACCCUGGACCAGGAAGUGCGGUUCUGGAGGAACAGGCCAGGCAACUGAGCUCCUGUAUUCCUGUCAUGGUUGUGUUCUCUCGGCCCACAGCUCUAAGUGCAAAGAUGCUGCAGUGUGUGGACCUCACCCUCAUGUCCAUUGAUGUCUGUACGGACUCUUAUUCACAGAGGGUGACAGAAUUCAUUCUGUGUGCUAGACAGAGAUACCUGCAUGGUGAGCAGCCCCAACCCCAGGUCGCUGAGACAAGACACGGAGACAACCAGAGCUUCUCAACAUGUGGACACCUUUUCUUAUGUAUCUUCAUGGUACCUAUGACCAUCCUAGACCCUGAGCAGCCAACAGGUGACUCUGGAGGACCCUUGGUCUGCGGGGGUGCCCUGCAGGGCAUUGUAUCCUGGGGUGAUGUCCCUUGUGAUACUACCACCAAGCCUGGAGUCCACACAAAAGUCUGAAGCUACAUGGAGUGGAUCUGGAAAAAUAUGAGAAGGAACUGAAUCAUUGGCCCACCAUUUACACCCUCAAGGACCACCUCAGACUCUGACUAAGAAUCCCCAGUAGUAGUCCUCUCCUACUUCCUACUGCAAGGGGCUGGCCGUCUUGGACAUGCGCUCAUGAACCACCUAACCAAUGACUACAUCUUCCUUCUCCCAUGUCCUUUUCUUCUCAUGGUCUCUGCCUGAAACCCCAAGCCCAGGAACUUCCAGGCCUGCCUAUCUCUCUUCUGCCUACAGGCUGUAGGCAUCUUUAUUAACCUAUCAAGGAUAACUUGGGGGCAGAGUUUGUACAACAAAAGCUGUUACAUUAGGAUCUAUUGGUCUUCAAUCAACCAGAUCUUGGGGUACAGAAUUUAGCAUUGAAUAUAAGCAGCACUAGACCAACCCCAUAC